AUGUCCGGCACCGGAAAAUUCGCCGUCGCGGCGCUGGUGGUGGCGAUUGUCGUCGCCACCAUCGUCGUCGUCUCGAAAACCACCGCCCUCGGCGGCGCUCAGAUCACCAGCUCUAAUAAGGCGGCGGAAGCUCUCUGCGCCCAGACGGAUUACAAAGAAACCUGCCGGCAGUCGCUCGCAAAUUCCAACUCCUCCGACCCCAAAAAGCUCGUCCAGGCGGCGCUGGAAUAUUCCGUCAACACCAUCGCCGCCGCCGUCAAGCAAUCGGCGGCGUACAAGGAGGCGGCGGAGGAUAAAAGCGUCAAAGACGCGUUAACCGUCUGCGAAGAAGUUCUUAACGCCGCCGUCGACGACCUGAAACGGUCGGUAAAUCAAAUCGGCGAUUACGAUUCCGGCAGCUCCGGCGAAUUCCUCGAGGAGCUUAAAUCGUGGCUGAGCGCCGUCGGAACUUACCACCAGACCUGCGUCGACGCCUUCGACAAUACCGCCGGCGACGCCGCCGAGAAGAUGAAGGAGCUUCUGAAAACCGGCGAGGAAUUGGCCAGCAACGGCCUGGCAAUGCUCGACGGAAUUUCGUCGAUUGUUCAGUCUCUCGGAUUUAAAGGAAUCAGCUCCGGGCGGCGACUUCUCGCCGGAUUCGACCACGCCAAUCGAGUAUUGUACGAUUACAAUUCAGCUCCGGCCGGCGACGCCGCCAUUAACGCCGUUGUCGCUCAGGACGGCUCCGGUCAGUUCAAGACGAUAAACGAAGCUCUGAAAAUGGUGCCGCCGCAGAACAAUAACACCUUCGUCAUUUUCGUGAAGGCCGGCGUUUAUAACGAGGAAGUUAUAAUCCCUAAACAUACGAACAAAAUUGUGCUUUUAGGAGAAGGUCCGACGAAGACGAGAGUCACCGGCCGGAAGAGCUUCGCCGGCGGCGUGAAGACGUACUACACCGCCACCGUCGGUGUGAAUUCCGACGACUUCGUCGCAAAGGACAUCGCGUUCGAGAACGCCGCCGGCGCGGCGAACCACCAGGCGGUGGCGCUGCGGGUCUCCGGCGACCGCGCCGUCUUCUUCAACGUACACAUCGACGGUUACCAGGACAGUCUCUACACGCACACCUACCGGCAAUUCUACCGCGACUGCACCAUCUCCGGCACGAUCGACUUCGUCUUCGGCGACGCUCUGGCGAUCUUCCAGAACACGACGUUCGUCGUCCGCCGGCCGAUGGAGAAUCAGGCGUGUAUGGUGACGGCUCAGGGGCGCAAGGAUCCACGCAGUCUGGGGGCGAUUGUUAUCGACGGCGGCCGGAUCACCGCCACGCCGCAGUUCCUGGCGGCGGAUCCGCCGGUGAAGGCGUACCUGGGGCGGCCAUGGAAGGAGCUGUCGAGGACGAUUAUAAUGCAGGCGGAGAUCGGCGGUUUCAUUUCGCCGGCGGGGUGGUCGGAGUGGGACGGGAACUACGGGUUGGACACGUGUUACUAUGCGGAGUAUGAGAAUCGGGGCCCCGGAUCCGAGACGGGUAAACGGGUCCAGUGGAAGGGGAUUAAGCAUAUCGACGAGGCGACGGCGGAGAGCUGGACGCCGGGGAAAGCAUUGGUCGGCGACACCUGGAUCACCGCCGCCGGAGUUCCGUACGAGCCGGGGAUGAUGAAAGCCUAA